CCUGGAGCCUCCUUUUGAUUUUUCCUACGGCGGCUACGUUGAAAAGGACUGGCCACCAAAUGCGCGUACCACAAAUCCUGUUUCAUGUUGAUGUUCUGGAGCAAACGGACGGUGCUUACUAGACGUCUGCUAAAGGCCAAGGUCCGUGGAGAGCAUGAAACCGAGUGUGAAGCUCAAGAGGAUUCAUCGUCACGUACGUUUCAUCGCACGAGCAGCAGCAACGCGUGCGGCGUCGCCGCUGGCUACGACAACAACACGGGCAGUAACAACAACAAAGCAACGACGACGGGCCGACAAGUGAGCAGGGUAGCGGCGCGUGGGACAGCGUUGCCGGGGAGCGGUGCGGGGGCAGGAGGAGGAAGUGGCGACGGCGGCGGCGCGGUGGGUUACGGGGGACGCAACGCCGCGUCCAACAGGCUGCAUCAGGGCUGUUGCGGCGGCGAUACGAGCCAGGAUGACGACGAGCGGCAACAGAAUCACGGCCGGCUGCUGAGGUGCAAGGAGCUCCUGAAAACGCUCAAGGAGAAUCAGUUGGAGAUGCUGCUGACCGCCGUCGAGAGCUACGGCGCCGACCUGGGCUCGUGCGUCCUUGUGCCGCGACAGCAGCGACAACCGGCCGACAACUAUCCUUACGACCAGCAACACGAGCAACAGCAAUAUCACGGCAGCAACGGCAGGCCGCACCGUCAUCACGCCCGUCACUUUCAUCAGCGUCGCUAUCGUCACUAUCGGCACCACCGCUCCAGCAGACACCAUCGCUCGUCCUCGGUCGAGGACGAUCAGGAGAGCUGCUGCUCCGCGUCGGAGGACUCGUUGUCCGCGUCGCCGAUGAGAUCGGCGAGAAGCGACGACGGGGGCGGUGUCGUCGUGCCGGUGAGAGGAUCGGCGGCCGGGAGGAGCGCCGGCGCGCCCUACGAUCCGCACCUGCUCUGCUGCCAGAUCUGGCGGUGGCCGGAUCUCGAGCACUCCUCGGAGCUCAAGAGAUUACCUAUGUGUCAUUCCGCUAAAGAUCCCGUAUACAUUUGCUGCAACCCUUACCACUGGAGCCGGCUCUGCAGACCCGAGUCGCCACCACCCCCAUAUUGCCUUAUCGCCGACAGACUGAGACCUGAAGGUGAGUGUCUUCACUUUCACGCCAUAAUCAGAAGCAUCUAUUAGCGAAUGUAUACAAAUAACGAUG